UAUCAUCUGCCUUCCUCCCUGGAAGAGAACACAUCUGGAACAGGCUAGCAGAGUAAGGAUCACCAUGUCCUUGUCUUAGCAGGGCAUCAAGAAGAUCCUUUUAUUAAUGCGGAACUAAGAGUCUGCUGAAUGCCAAUCCCUGCUGCUCACUCUGGGGAAAAAAAACAUACAAGUUGGGUUAGGUAAAACAGCACAGACUGCAGAGAUAAUUCUUACUGAUCAGAAACAUUUCAAAACAUUACCACUUUCUUCACUUUUAUUAUUCCUUCAACAUUCCCAUGUGGUUUUUUUUUCUCCUAAUCCACUUUGACUCCUCAUUCUCCUUUGAUGCUUCUGUUAAUAUACCCAUAUUAGAAAUCCAUAAUAUAUCUCACACAUUCCCAGAAUUCCCUAAAAAGGGUCUCAUGGUUGGUUUUUUCACAUCUCUAACUGCUCUUCCCCGCAUGUGCCACCCUAAGGCCAAUGCCCCUACAGACAGGGAUACCUCUCAGUCUGUAGGCAUCCCGGGAGCCCCUCUGCCUCUCUGUGGGUGGAAGCCAGGCCCGGGGCCUGUCUCCGGCCCUCACGCAGCGCCGAGCGCCCUGCCGGGCGGCUCCGAGGGCUCGGGGGGGUCCGCGCCGCGGGCGGGCCGGCAUUGCGCAUGCUCGCUGAGGCCGGCGGCAGCGCCCCACCAAUAGCCUCGGCGUGGUUUAAAUUUGGCGCCUCGCUCGCUGAUUGGUCGGAUCCCGCGGCCAACACAUUCAGAGCAAGCGCGUUGGUAUCACACAAGCGACCAGUCAGCAAAAAGCUUCUUCCGGCAAACGCACCAAUAGCUAGGGGCGGUGGCGUUGUCCAAUGAGCUGGACCCUACUUGGCGGGAGGUUAUAAAAAUCCCGGGCGCGGCGCGUCAGGCGCAUCGGUUCAGCAGCGCAGCGAGGCGCCAUGUCCGGCCGUGGCAAGAGCGGCGGGAAGGCCCGUGCUAAGGCCAAAUCUCGCUCGUCCCGGGCUGGGCUGCAGUUCCCGGUAGGGCGCGUUCACCGACUGCUGCGGCGCGGGCACUACGCGGAGCGGGUGGGGGCUGGUGCGCCCGUCUAUCUGGCGGCCGUGCUCGAGUACCUGACCGCUGAGAUCCUGGAGCUCGCGGGCAACGCGGCACGCGACAACAAGAAGACGCGCAUCAUCCCCCGUCACCUGCAGCUAGCGGUGCGCAACGACGAGGAGCUCAACAAGCUGUUGGGCGGCGUUACCAUCGCGCAGGGCGGCGUCCUGCCCAACAUUCAGGCCGUGCUGCUGCCCAAGAAGACCAUCAAGAGGGGCAGUGGGCAGCAGUCGCAGGAGUACUAGGCCGGCCGGCCCUCCCGGCCCAACUCAAAGGCCCUUUUCAGGGCCACCCCAUUGCUCACCGGGAGAGCUGCGAUCCGCGGAGGAGGGAAGGGGACGAGAUGCGUGGCCGGCCGUGGCUGCGGGGAGCGGGGCGGGGGGCGGGAAAGCGGCCCGGGGCCGGUCAAACACUGAGCGUGAGAGAGCUGCUCCGUAAGGACCCGUUAUUUUAAUUCUUACCUAUCUCUGGUAUAUUCAGUGGACGUUGCCUAGAAAAUAAAACUGCUUUAUUUACAAAACAGGA